AAACAUUUUACUAAAUCUCCACCCACAACCCUAUUAGGGGUUCCUAUUGGGCGCCUGAGGUGAGCGCACCACAACUGAGACUGUUACCUUGAACAGCCGCUCCACUCAUGGCAACCAGAUACCAAUAUGGUGUCUUUGUAGCUUCCUAUCAUAGGAAGUUCAUCAGAAGGCCGCGACAGGAAAUGGUGGUCUCCUGUGCGACAAGAGUGGUGGAGUCAGUCCUUAGAUUUCAGUUAUGUGGCGUGUUGUCGGUCAGAGCUGUGUCUACAGGCGUGUUUCAGCUGGUGCUUUUUGCUUGACACGAUGGUUAUCUACAAAUUCUCAUCCACUAUUCAGCUUUCCAAAAAGAAAUUUGGGACAGCCCAGUCCUUUUACCCAUCCACAUCUCUUGAAAAUCGGGGAGGUCACACCUGGACUGACACAAACAGAAUAUGCCUUACGUCGUAACAAAUUGAUGGCUCUUAUCCAGAAAGAAUCUGAAAUCCUUGGUGGAUUAACAGAGCAUGCUGUUAUUGUUUUGGCAAAUCCAACACUAUACAUGACAAGUGACAUUCCCUUUCCAUUUCAUCAGCACAACGAUUUCUUCUACUUGUGUGGGUUUCUAGAGCCAGAGAGUAUCCUACUUUUACAGACUAAGCAAGGCCAUGCAUUACCAUCUCAUACAGCCACACUAUAUGUGCCACGCAGAGACCCUGGCCGUGAAUUGUGGGACGGACCUCGAUCUGGAGUCGAUGGAGCAGUUGCACUGACUGGGGUAGACCAGGCUUUCCCGUUAGAAGACUUUAAACAUGUAGCACCUAAGCUGCUUGAUGAAGGAGUGACACUGUGGUACGACUUUGUUAGAUCAUCUAAUUCAUCCUCAUAUUCAAGCUUGUUGCAACCAUUAAUAGCAUCAAAGGCAAAGUGCAGGAAUAGAAUUAAGACCCCACAACGUCUCAUUCAGCAAUUGCGGUUAGUUAAGUCUCAAGCUGAAGUGGAACUUAUGAAGAAAUCGGGUCACAUCACGUCACAUGCUUUCAUAGAAACCAUGUAUUGCAGUAAGGCUCCUAUUCAAGAAGCUUUCAUAUAUGCCAAGUUUGAUUUUGAGUGCCGAGCCAGAGGAGCUGAUAUUCUUGCUUACCUGCCUGUUGUUGCUGGAGGAGACAGAGCAAACACGCUGCAUUAUGUGAAAAACGAUCAGAUAAUCAAGGAUGGAGAAAUGGUUCUGUUGGAUGGUGGAUGUGAAGCAUCAGGUUAUGUCAGUGAUGUAACACGUACAUGGCCUGUAAACGGCAGGUUCUCUGCUGCACAAGAAGAGCUGUAUGAAGCUGUAUUAGAAGUGCAGAAGUCCUGUCUAAAUAUGUGUAUUUCAGGCACAAGCCUAGAAGACCUCUAUAGCCACAUGUUGAUUGAGCUAGGUAAAAAGUUAAAGAGCCUUGGCAUCAUGCACAGUGGAUGUGGCAAUAGCCAGAUUUUAAAGGUUGCACGAAGGCUGUGCCCACAUCAUGUUGGACAUUAUCUUGGCAUGGAUGUGCAUGAUACUCCUGAUGUAUCUCGAUCUCUGUCCCUACAGCCGGGUAUGGUGAUUACAAUAGAACCAGGUAUUUACAUUCCUUUGAAUGACACUGAGAUUCCUGAAAAAUACAGAGGUGUAGGAAUUCGCAUUGAAGAUGAUGUAGUAAUUACAGAAGGGGCUCCCAUUAUUCUCUCUGCUCAGUGUCCUAAAGAAAUCUACGAAAUACAACAAAUUUGUGGGCAAGGCCGAUGAUUCAAAUUUUGAAAGUUUGUAAGCCUCGCUCUGAAGAAACUAGCUUGACUAGUGAAACAUGUCAGCGUGACAUCAUUAUCACAGAGGGUGUGAUGCUUUGAUCCAGACUACGGCCACUUGACUUGCCUUGUAUGCUCCAACUACCAAGCAGGGACUUCAGAUGGCAUGACAGGAGGAGUGUGGAUGCAGUGACUGACUUGCUGUGGAGAAAGAUCCCAUAGUUAACCUGUGGAUCUUUGGGUGCUAUCAUGGACUGGUGGGAUUUAUUUGACUAUCUACCCGCACCUGCUUAAACCCAACACCACCCCAUCUCCCUGUGGCACAUUACUUCCAUCCACAGAAAUCCACUGCCUGUCUGAUUUGAUAUGUACCAGCUCGACAGCCAUCUUUUUCGCACUGAGUUUUCUGCCUUCAAUGUGAUUUUCAUUGAAAUAUGUCCGAGGAUCUAACCCAGUACCUUCUACCUGCUUCAGUACAGUCCCUUAUUUUUCACACACACUUCCCCCAAGUUGCUGAAUAACUUCAUCUCCGAUUUCUGGACUGUUAUCACUAUACUGACAGGUUCACUGUCCUAGUGCCAAACUGAACCUGGGACUGGUUGUUAAUUUUUCAUCUGCCAGCGAUAUUUCCUUUUUGGAUACCUGAUGUGUGUUAUAGUGUGUGUGAGAAUGAAGGCUUGAGCAGGGUGGUUGUAAGUCAGUUACUGACAAUGUUGUCAAUUUUUACUAUGAAAUAGUGAAGGUAAUUGUGGGUUUAUGUA